AUGCCGUGUCGCUUAGUGUCUUUAUGUAGAGGCGCCUUAUUUUUGACUUUAAGUACUCUAGACCCUAUUAAAAAUGUGCUGCGGCGGAUGCUGUGGAGGUUGCUGUGGUGGCUGCUGUUGCCCCUGUAUAACCAUCUACACCUGUUGCACCAAGAUCUGCUAAUAUCAAAAAUUGCUCUGGCCGGCGGGCUCGACUGGCAAGCCGAAUUUUAG